AUGCAAUCGAUCAUGUUGAUCUCAAACCCGUGGGACUCGCGAGGUUUUAAAAUUUUCGAUCAUCUUCAAGUGGGUGAGCAAAUAUCAACUUUUGAAGAGUACUCCAUUAUGAAACCAAAGAAAAUUUCAGAUAUGCUCGAAGCGUUUUUAGAGAAGACUAAUAGAGGGCAAGUAGAGGAUGACAAAUUACGUGAGCUUAUGAUAGAUCGAUACGGGGAAUCUUUUCUGAUUCUUCAAGAAUCAGAAAAACAGGAGGUGUUGAGCAUUACCAACAACGUUGCCAGAUUCAUAGAUAUUGGUAAACCCCCAUUAAAGGCCGACUUAUCAGAUAAAUCUAUAACUGUGAUAGAAAAGAUUAUCAGUGACUUGCAAUUUUGCGCAAGAUGCAAGUACCGUGGUGCAAAGGAGUACGCGGAUUCAUUGAACAACGUGAUCACGGUAUCUUUAGUUUUAUUUUUUUAUCCCAAAUUUAUCAGACGUGCCUUAAGCACCAAGUUAAGUGCACGUUUAGAUUUGGACAAGUAUAAUGAUUUUGAGAUAUCGGUCACCCCAAACAUUGGUAACUUUCAAAGGGAAGAUUUGAUGCUGAUGCCGGUACAAGGGUUCACUCAGUGUACACUACCAGAAUUCAAAGUACCUCCCACUCAAUUUAUUGAUUUUAUUGAACCCCCUUGGGCAACAAGAUUGGCGGAAUUGUACAUAUAUCCCAUUGUACGAUUCGCUUAUGCUCAAGGGGGGUCUGAAGUGGAGUGCAAGAUUGAAUUCGACAGAGAACGUCUUUUGAGAGAUGGUAAGAAAAAGAAUCGCCCUGAUUACACUGUGAAGGUACAAAUAAAGCUGGCAAAAGGAAAGGAAGCGGAAUCAGGAGGUAAAGGGAAUUCGGAGGUUGAUUUAACAUGGGUUGCGGAAGUCAAACUGUGUACCCUCAACAACAUUUGUGACACGACGAAGGCAUCGCACAAAGCAAUCUUGCAACAGGUUAUUAUAGAAAUGUGGUUUGCGGCAUCAAAGAUAGGUUUCCUCAUAUCAUUGGACCUGAUUAUUAAGAUUACUGUAAAAGAUAUCAACAAUGAUACAGUAAAGAUUGAGGUCGAAGAUUGGGCAGAAGAAAUGCUUGGUGUUGGAGGAUGUUUACUUGUGGCUUUAGCCAAACUUAGAGAAGACGACUUUAAGAUGUCAAAACUGGAUCGUGAGAAGCUUGAGAGAAUAAUUUUUAAAGAAAAUGCUGAAAGGACUCACUCCGGUCAGAGUUCUGGCGCCCAAAGUAAGGAGUCUGAAGGAGGUUCCAAUGAUGAUUCUGGUGCUGGUGCUGGUGCUGGCACUGCUUCUGGUGGUGGUGGUAAACAAGGUUCACCUGGUAAAGGUUCCGGUUCUAGUGGGGCAGCAGAUGUACCAGGUGGUGACCAUGACAGUCCUAAAAAACGCGCCAAGCGUUCCAUGCGUAAACUCAAGGAAGUCAAGGCCAGUAUCAAGCAUCUAUUCCACCUCGAAGAACCACCUAAAGAAAAUAGGGCUCCCGAUUCUUAUAAAGAAGAAGUUGUGGGCAAAAAAGCUGCAGAGCACAUUCCGGAUAGUGGAGCUCUUAAUAAUUAUGAAGAAGAAGAAGCCAAAGUAGUUGAAUCGAGCAAAGAUGGAGAAGAGAACAAGGAAAACAUAAAUCCUCUCGAAGCAGAAGAAGGAAAAAAAGACGAAGGUUUGGGAACUCAAAGGAGUGAAUCUUCACCUCCCUCUAAAUUUGGUACUGUGAUGUCAUUCUUUAAAAGGCACAUGGAGUAA